AUGACUGGUUUUCGCAAGAAACUCUCCACUGCUGACACCCUUCUCGAGUUCUGCUCGGCGGCGGACAACGCCAAGAAAUCCUCCCAGACACUCCUGGCGGCCUUUCUAGACGAACGUAGAGCUUUUGACAGUGUCACCGCCCAGGCGGUCGUUAACCAGCUCCAACAAAUCAAAGUCGGCGGGCGCACAAUACGCUUCAUCACCAACUUCCUCCAGGAAAGGAUAAUGCAGAUCCGUCUGGGUACAGUCCGAAGCAUUACGGAAUCCUGCACUUUAGGACUCCCUCAGGGCAGUAUACUCAGCCCUGUGCUUUUCAACAUUGUAAUGGCAGGACUCACUUAUGCUCUACCCCUAUCCUCCCCUUCACUCCACGUCAGCAUUUACGCUGAUGAUGUGACCAUCUGGACCACCGGACGCAGGCUUCCAUCUCUCACCAAAAACCUCCAGAGAGCCCUAACUUCCACCCAAACCGACUUAGCCAAAGCCGGGCUCACUAUCUCUCCGGAGAAACCUACCUACAUGAAGCUCCUCCUACAAUUCGAUAGGCUCAGCAAAUCCCGAGCGGGAAAGGAGAUCAUCAAACGGUUGGAGCAACACAGCUCCUCCCGUUUCAUCAACCUCUUCCGAACCUUCAAACGUUUGACAAAGCCAGAGCAACAAGAGCCUUCCCUCAGGACACCUUGGGAACUCCCCAACAUCUAUUGCGAAACAACAGUCCCGAAACUCCGAAAGAAGAAAAACAUCUCACCUAUAGCUGCCAAAGCUAUCGCCUUAGACUUCAUUCAAGAAGGCUACUCCCGUCACACUAAAGUCUUCACCGACGGCUCUGUAAACCGCUCAACUGCUUCCAGCUCCUCAGCCUACUGCAUCCCAUCACUGGGAAUCAGUUGGAACGGUCGCAUACUCGGUCAAGGCUCUUCUACCACGGCAGAGCAAAUCGCCAUCUUCCACGCAGCCAAAGCCUUAGCUGCCCUGCCACCACAACCUGUGGUCAUCCUCUGUGACUCUCGAGCAGCCCUCGCCCGCCUGCAGCACCCAAAGCCUGAGGACACACUAUCCUGGAACAUCAGAGACGUCGUGGAGGCACUGGAGAACUACUCCUUCUCCAUCACCAUGCAGUGGCUUCCCUCGCUUGUCGGCAUUCCAGGCAACGAACAGGCCAAUAACUUAGCUUCGGAAGCGCACCAGCAGGAUCCCUGCAUCAAGGCGCCACUCGACCCCAAGGCGACCCGCCACUCCAUAACGGCGUACUUUGAAGAUGUACGAAUACGAGCACUCGGAGUAAUUGGUCAAGACAAACCCAAAUGCCCCCCAAAGGGUCUUCCGAGAAGGAAGAGUACUGCCCUGCACCGCAUACGCACGGGCAGCGCCUUUACACCCGCUUUUCUGCACAAGAUAGGAAGAGCCGACUCCCCCUAG